AUGGAAAAACUCUCUGGUCAAACCAAGUGCUUAGAGAACGAGCUCGGGACUCAGGAAACGACCAUUCGAGAUUAUAACGAGGAGCUCAAUGUGGCUGAGGAAGCAGCGAGAGUGGCCCUGAUCGAGAGCAUCGGCCUGCAGAGGAAACUUUUUAUGGGUCCUCCUCCUAGUAGUCGAUCGACUCUUUACGAUAGAAGCAUGGAGAGCUGCAAUUCUUCGGUAUAUUCCCAAGGUCCCCCGGUCAAGACCCCUCCUAGAGUUACCUCUAGCCAUACGGAUGCUGAUGAUGAGUUUUGGGCGGCACUCAGGCAACAGAUUAAUAACAUUGAUAAUUGGCUUACUCCUCACAGAGGCAGACGAAGCGGUGCAGCUGAGGAUCCUCCUCAAGGCAACUAUCAGUCACAUACGACUCUAAUAGGAACACCAGCCCGCACAGCAGUAUUAAUCUCGAAGUUGGACGGUUGGUUCGACGCGAAUCCUGAGAUAACAGUUCCCGCACCACGACGACAAUCUAUGGAAGAGGAGUUGGCCAGUCCGGACGAUGAUAACCAAAGCGACCAGCACAUUCUCGUUAUGUGUCUUCUAUUCCGGGAUUAUUGA